AUGACCGAGAGAUCCGAUGAGCACUUCUGGUACGAGCCCUUCAACCCCCACCCCCUUAGACAGGAUUUUGUCAAAAAACUUCCCAUAAAAAAGCAGAUCCGGUACCGCGAGAUGAAGGAACCGGUAUUAGACUCGGAGGCUUAUAUGAAACACCCUAGGUUUUAUCCCAGUAUUGAACUGCAGGACAAAAUGGCCAACCCUUACGGUAAGGACAUAUCGGAUCUUACACUUCAAGGGCCCGUUCACAUCGAACAGCACUACCCCAAGGGUUGGCCUACAAUCUCGUCAAAAGGCAUGACCGCCCAAAAGAUACAACAGUUGGAGGCGUUUGGGUUCAGGGCAGAGGAGUUGCUUAGGGAGGGCUCAUUCGGGGAGAUCUGGAGGGUCACCGACAUCGCCAACAACAGACAGUUCGCUGGAAAGGUGUUACCACUGAACCGGUAUUACAAAGAGGGUAGUAUUAAGGAGGGUAUAGCCAAGCUAUUGCAUGAAGUGCAUGUGCUUAGAGGGCUUACACACCAACACCUGGUGCCCAUCGAUGGGGUGAUACACGUUAGGGACGAGAAAUAUGGGGUUCGGUCGCUGUUUAUCAUUAUACUGAUGGGUCUGUGCGAUGGAGACAUCACUAAACUACUGGCCCAAAGACCCGGCUAUUUCAAUGAAGGUCAGGCGCACAAGUGGUUCGCACAGAUAGCCGGCGCCCUGCACUACCUGCACAGCAAACGUGUCUGUCAUAUGGAUAUCAAACCCCAGAACAUAUUGUUUAAGUACAUCCCCUUUACGUACAAAUUGGCUGAUUUUGGACUGGCACAGGUAGUUGAUGAGUCGGAUCAUAUGAAGGGGCCGGUAGGCCAUCGCACCUCCUUGUAUAUGGUACCGGAAUGCCGUAAUAUUAGGAUUAAAUCUCAAGCUGUACUGGAUGUGCCAAAAUGUGAUGUCUACGCCCUGGGCGUAACACUGGGGCAGACCCUGAUUGGCAUGGAUUGGGACAAACUGUACAGUCGAUUAAGUCUUAAACCGGGAGUGAGGGCCAGGGAUUGGGUUCAGAAAGAGCUCAUUGAAAGCAAUAGGUUUGUACCGAAUCAGCCACUCAUGAGACUACUGUUUGGUAUGAUUGAGGACAACCCGACUCAGAGGUUCACUAUGGAUGAGGUGGUUGAGCACCCGUGGCUCACCGAUACUGUCAAGAGAUCGGACGACCACUUCACGUACCAACCCUUCAGACCCGUACCCCUAGUGGACUGGGCUAAAGACCCGGAGGCAAUUAAAAAGUUGCCAUUUGGUAAAUUUAGGCCUUACGAAGAGCCAUCACUGGACCCACGAGUAGUCGACUACAUCAAUGACCCCCAGAAAGUAUUGGGAGAAUUGUACCCGUCCACUCAGCCAAACACAGCCCCCGUAUGGGUCUACAAACUGGUCGACUUCGGACUGGCUCAGGUGGUUGAGGAGUCGGGCCCUCUGGAGAAAAAAUGGCAAGGUGAGACGGGCACCUACCUAUAUAUGGCACCGGAAUUGCGCACCGGUAGCAACCGGACAUUGGAUUUAAGCAAAUGCGACGUCUACUCCCUGGCCAUAACCCUGGGCCGAUCGCUCAUAGGCCUGGCUCAGCCCAAACACAUUAAAAAGUUUGCAAUCUUUGGACAAACCCCCGGAUUACAGGCCCGGCAGUGGAUUCAGGCGGAGCUCAUUGAUAAGAAUAGGUUUGCUUUUAAUGACCUCAUUAUACAACUACUGCUCAUUAUGAUUGAAAAGGACCCGGCGCUUAGACCCAAUAUGGUUCAGAUAACCUACCUGUGCCGACCUACCGGUGCUGUAAACUAG